AUGGAAGACACUGACGGUGAUGGGAUUCCAGAUUACCUGGAAGAUGAGGAUGGUGAUGGGAUUCCAGACUAUCUAGACGAGGAUGCCACCAGUCAGUUCUCUGCUAAAAAGGUCCGCAAACUGAAAGCUAAGAGUAAAGUUGGUGAUUUGGAUGGUGACGGUAUUCCUGAUUAUCUCGAAGGCGAUUCAGAUGGCGACGGUGUUCCGGAUUACAUGGAAGACACUGACGGUGAUGGGAUUCCAGAUUACCUGGAAGAUGAGGAUGGUGAUGGGAUUCCAGACUAUCUAGACGAGGAUGCCACUAGUCAAUUCUCCGCUAAGCGCAUAAAAAACGUUAAAAUGAAACUAAGCGAUUCGGAUGGUGAUGGAAUACCUGAUCAUUUAGAGGGUGACUCUGAUGGUGAUGGUAUUCCUGACUACCAAGAAGACACUGACGGUGACGGUAUUCCAGACUAUUUGGAAGAUUCUGAUGGCGACGGAAUUCCAGAUUAUAUGGAUGAAGAUGCUGAGACUCAAUUUUCACCUAAAAUCUUCAAAAAGCUAGAAGAAAUCAGACAGAAAGAAGAUACUGACGGUGAUGGAAUUCCUGAUUACCUGGAAGGUGACUCAGAUGGUGACGGAAUUCCUGACUAUUUAGAAGAUGCCGAUGGCGAUGGAAUUCCUGAUUAUCUGGAAGAUUCUGAUGGUGAUGGUAUCCCAGAUUAUCUAGAUGAAGAUUCUGCGCUUAGUAAAUCGAAAUCGGUUUUUCGAAUAGAAGACAAAAACAAGAAUGGGAUUCCCGAUCACCUCGAGAGAGAUUCUGACUACGACGGUACACCGGACUACUUGGAAGAUACAGACAAGGAUGGCAUACCUGAUUAUCUGGAAGAUUCAGACGGUGAUGGAAUCCCAGACUACAUAGAUGAGGACGCAAACACUCAAUUUUCACCAAAAAAGAUUCGAGGUCGGGCUCGCGGGAAAAAGUUUGCUGACGCCGAUAAGGAUGGGAUCCCCGAUCAUUUGGAAGGAGAUAUGGAUCAUUACUUGGAAGACUCUGACGGAGAUUCCAUUCCAGACUAUUUGGAAGAUUCCGAUGGUGAUGGAAUCCCGGAUUAUUUGGACGAAGAUGCCACUACGAAAUUUGCACCCAGGGUUCUGCGGAAAUUCCGACCUCAAAGACAUUACGCGGAUGUCGAUGGAGACGGUAUUCCGGAUCACUUAGAAGGGGACAGUGAUGGAGACGGGAUACCAGACUAUUUAGAGGACACCGAUGGUGACGGUAUUCCAGAUUAUUUAGAAGAUUCUGACGGGGAUGGAAUACCAGACUAUAUUGACGAUGAUGCAGUCUCACAGUUCUCACAACGGAACUAUCGAAAACUUAUGCUUAAGACACAAUUCGAGGACAAUGAUGGUGAUGGCAUUCCGGAUCAUUUGCAAGGAGAUUCUGAUGGAGAUGGAAUCUUGGACUUUUUGGAGGAUAGUGAUGGUGAUGGAACACCGGACUAUCUAGAAGACUCUGACGGGGACGGUGUGCCUGACUAUUUGGAUGAAGAUGCAAACAGUCAGUUCUCACCGAAGCACUUCACCGAUAAGAACAAAGAUGGCAUACCCGAUAGUUUGGAAGGAGAUUCUGAUGGAGACGGCAUUCCCGACUAUUUGGAGGAUUCCGACGGAGACGGAGUUCCUGACUAUUUGGAAGACUCCGACGGAGAUGGCAUUCCUAACUACCUGGACAAAGAUGUUGUUGAUGUCAAGGUUGAAGCUGUGCUGGAAGGAUUUGAAGCAGACAGUAACAAAAAUGGUAUUCCGGACUACUUAGAAGAUUGGGAUGCUGAUGGUAUACCAAACUAUCUCGAUGAUGAAGAUGGCGAUGGAAUAGCCGAUUUUCUCGAUAAAAAGGAUAAUCGUGCAAAGAAAACCAAAAAAGAACGGACCAAACGAAAAGUACCGAAUGAUGCAAAUCAGAAUGGUAUUCCUGAUCAUUUGGAAGGUGAUUCCGAUGGUGAUGGUGUGCUAGACUAUAUACAGGACACAGACAAAGAUGGAAUUCCUGACUAUCUGGAUGAUGACGAUCCGCAUGCAAAAUUCCGUAAAUCCAAAGGGAAAUCGAAAGUCAAGUUGACCGAUAAAAAACAAACCUUGAAACCAACACAAACGAAACCGUCGAAACCGCUAAAGCCCCAGAAACGGGUCAAUGUACUGUCCAAACUGGAUUCUGACGGGGAUGGAAUCCCAGAUGAUCAAGAGGACAGUGAUGGAGACGGUAUCCCUGACUAUUUAGACAGUGAUGCGGACGGAGACGGAAUACCUGAUGACCAAGUGAAAGUGGUAGACAGAAACCGCAAUGGUGUACCGGACCAUUUGGAAUUGCACGAUACGGAUGGAGACGGUACAAUUGAUUUACUGGAUGAGGAUGAUGACAAUGACGGCAUCCCCGAUACUGAAGGUAUCGCUGAUGUGCUCGAAGAUGAGAACCAGAACCAAAUCCCUGAUUAUCUGGAAAUGACUGAUAGUGACGGAGACGGAAUUGUUGACUGGUUGGACACAGAUGAUGACAACGAUAAUAUUCCAGACUAUUUGGAUGACGACGAUGACGGAGAUGGAAUUCCAGAUGUGGAAGAAGAUGAAAAUCAGAAUAAUAUUCCUGAUAUUUUGGAAUUGCAAAUGUCCGGUGAGUUUGAGGCGGACAAGCCUAUAUCCGGACGAAUGACAUGA